AUGUCAACUGGCAGGGCUGCAGCGGGGCGCACCAUCAAGCAGAAGGUGCAGUCCAACCGCGAUGCCCCAUACAACACGCGCCUCUUCAACACGCUGUGGACGUACCGCACCGGACAGCUCACGACGAGCAACGUGCGUCGGCUGAAGGAGACCGGCAUUCCCAUGGGAUACGGCUCCAGCGGCGCUAGUAACGAUCUCAACUGUGGCGGCGGCAAGGACGAGGAUGCGGGGGAUGCGCCUGUCAAAAGUGACCUGCAACCCCACGCCAUGCACAGAUUCAUGGGGGACAAUAACUGGUCUCUUCUCGUGGCGGUCCCGAAAAACUCGGAACACUUUCGCAACGUCCUCGAGUGCUCGCGGGGGAGUCUUAUGGUGGGGCACACCGACCCCCAGUUAUUUCACUGGUUUAAGCAGCUUGGCACGCUGCCGCCGCGGGCAAUCCUCUCCGGCCCACUAGAGCUGCUCUCCGGCGACAUGCAGCAGGAGGCGUGGAAGACGACCUUUUCGCGCCACCCGGUGGUCCACAACAUCGCGCAGGACAUGUGGAAUCGCAAGCACAGCAAGACAGAGGAGGAAGUCGUCAACAUUGAGCGCCGGGAGCGCGAGGAGGACGAGGAGCGCAUGCGACGCAUGAGCAGCAGUGACUGGCGCGCCAAUUUUAAGGAGCGCGAGCGCAACCCCACCGCUGAGGAAGACGAGGAUCGGCCCAUUUACGUCAUCAAGCCGGAGACUUUUGCACUGCUGCGAUUGCGACCAGACGUGAAACUCUGGAUGAACGUCACCUCACAGACGCAGCGUGUGUGGGAGCCUGUCAUCUCCGACCCUGACCCGCUCUGCCGAUGUGCGCCGCGCUUCCUCCGCAUGCUUAAUCUGGCGCGGCAAAAGCUAGUGUCGUCGCUCAACAUGAACUUUGCGCUGAAGCUGACGAACGCGUUUGUCUUUGAAAUUGACCACAAAGGGCUUUGGGCGAUGGGAACGCAGGAGAACCUUGACAGGGGCACCGCCUCCGACGCGGCGGCGGCGCGGGAGGAGUGGACGGAGCUGCGGCUGGAGUUUGGGAAGGGCCAAGUGAUCCAGACGGAGCAGGAGAUGGAGUGGUGGGUGCGGGGACUGACGAAAUUUGGGGCACCGGAGAUGUCGCAGUCAAACAGUAGCAUUGAGGAUGCGGGGAUGAAUCCGGAGAACUACGACCGCCGUCACAUUUGA